AUUCACCAACAACGUCAUGGAAGACCCGCCCCUUCACCGUCCGCUUUUCUUAUUGGUCAAGCUGCCCGUCCAUCUUCGUCACUCUCCUCUUCCCCCGCUCCCCUCCUCCCCUCCCUCCAUCUUCGAGGCGGCGUUUCCCCAUUGGCCGCCGGGCCGACGCCGGCUUGUGACGUCAUGCCCGCUGCUCCGCCUCGCCUCUCACUGUGACGCCCCUUGCCGGCUUAGAGGUAAAACCUCUUCCUCUUUCCAUUGGCUGAGCUCUACGUCUAUCUAGAGGUGAACCAAUAGCGACUCGUAUCUCGCCUCUUCCCAACCAGGAAGCGCUUUCCCAUUGGUCGUUUCGAGUAAGGGCAUAAAGCGGCCGGCCGGCUCCUCCAGGGCGAGACAAAAUGGCGGCGGUCAGGAGCCUAGAGGCCCAAGAAGUGGGACCUUGAGGGGUUCUCUAUGGCUUUGGCUGGGGCCUUGGGGAGGCCUCCGCUUUCCUAUGGGGCCAGAGCGGCCUUGCAAGCCUUGGGCCUCCCUUUAGGCCUCCCUUUGGGCACCAGAGGCCUCUCAGGAUCCAACCAAUCAGGCCCUACUGGGAGUGGAGGAGCCUGGGGCCGCCCUGCUUCCCCAAGGGGCCUCUAUGAGAUCCUGGGGGUGACCCCCACAGCCACCCAGGCCCAGAUCAAGACGGCUUACUACAAGCAGUCCUUCCUCUAUCACCCGGACCGCAACGCCGGCAGCGAGGAUGCGGCCAGGCAGUUCACCCGCGUCAACGAAGCCUACCUGGUCCUGGGCAGCGUCAGCCUGCGCAAGAAGUACGACCGCGGCCUCCUCAGCCGGGAGGACCUCCGCACGGCCGGGAAGCCCUCAGGGAAAGAAUGGGGGGCCAGCGACGGUGUCGUAACUACGCCGCCGAGGAGGACCCAGACCUUCAGCGCUGGCCGGGUGCCCGUUAAGCCCGUCUUCGACUUCGACGCGUUCUACCGGGCGCACUAUGGGGAGCAGCUGGAGCGGGAGCAGUUCCUGCGGGAGAGGCGGCGGGAGCACCAGCGGCGCAAGGAGGAGGCGCAGAAGAAGUGGCAGCUGCAGAGCUUGAGCGAGUUGGGGCUCGCUGUCCUCUUCGUCGCCACCAUGGUCCUUCUCUUCAACCUCAAGUGAGAGAGGAAGAAGGAGAAGGCGACGGCGCCAGGUGUUUUGGGGGUCACCGUCCUCUUCAUCACCGCCAUGGCCCUCCUUUUGAACCUCAAGUGAGAAAGGAAGAGAAGACGGUGUCGCCAGAUGUUUGGGGGCCGCCAUCCUCUUCGUCGCUGUCCUCGUCGUCGCCGCCACGGCCGAACCUCAAGUUUGCCAUCACCAUGGCCCUCCUCUUGAAUCUUAAGUGAGAAAAGAAGAGAAGACGGCAUUGCCAGAUGUUUGGGGGUCGCCAUCGCCUUUUCCGCCACCAUGGCCUUCCUCUUGAACCUCAAGUGAGGAAGAAGGGGAAGACAGCGUUGCCAGAUGUUUGGGGGGCGCCGUCCUCUUUGCUGCCGCCAUGGUCCUCCUCUUGAACCUCAAGUGAGAAAAGAAGAGAAGACAACAUUGCCAGAUGUUUGGGGGUUGCCUUUCUCUUUGUUGCCACCAUGGCCCUCCUCUUGAACCUCAAGUGAGGAAGAAAGAGGAGACGCCUUUACUAGAGGUCUACCUCUUGUGGGAGUAGAAGCCUUGGACCAGGAACACUCUCUCUCAUUCACAGGCGCCAGAACCUCUCUCAAAAUGGCUGGUGCCCAAAGUAUAGGGGCAUAUGGGGUGGUCUUCGUUUACCUCACAGGUAUCAUCUGCGCUUAUCAGUCCCCCACAGGACACGAUUCACAGUUUAUGAACUAUUCAGAAGGUUGGCUCCAAUUGAAAGUGUCCAGAUGUCGGUUCCGAUUAAAAGAAAAUGAAGCAGAAUUCACUUUGCCUUAGUUACCUACCCCAGUCUUGCCAUCCAGUUACUGUGGCCUUGGAUUUGGGUUGCCUCAUGGGUGGAGGUUUGAGUGGAUUUCUACACUUCAUUGCACUUUGAGGAGACAUUAGCAAUAUUUGUCACUGUUUGGACUGAGCGUGGUGCUUUGGUCAGCCGAGUGCCAUACCUCAAUCUUGGAAAGCCUCCCUUCCUCGAUUCGUGUCUGUUUCGCCAGCAUCUGUGGCUUUGGCAUCUUCAGAGAGAGAUGCCAAAGCCACAGAUGCUGGUGAAACAUCAGGAAUAAACUCUUCUAGAACAUGGCCACGAAAAACCACGUACAAAUUGUUCACUGUUGAUGGUGGGAAACAACAGCUAUCCAGAUGAUUUUGAGCUACAGCUCCCAGCAGCCCAGCCAGCCUAGCUCAUGGUGGUGAGGAAUGAUAGGAGCUGCAGUCCAAAAUUCCUUGGAAGGCUACAUAUCCCCCAAAUGCUAUGGAUGCCUCUCUAGGCAGCGGAAGAGAAGUGACUUCUUAGCUGCUGAGUUUGGGAUGCUGCUGCAGGAGUUGCCCUCUCCUCACAUUUCUUUCAUUGAGUGAACUACUGCUGAUUUUGCCCACACUGAUCUUGGGAACGUAACCGAGGGAGUGCGAUGCUUUAAUCUGUGUGUGUACGAGGGAUUUAAAGAAAUUAUGUAUAUGAGACUUAUUUUAAUUUAUAAAGACACAAGGAAUGAGGUUAGACCUGUCUCCUCGUCCUUCGUUGUGGUGAUCCUUGGA